CUGCUCACGGCCUGUGUCUUUGCCGAGACCGCAGGUGCUAAAGCAAACAGCCACGAACUCUCGCUGCCAGCAAGCACGGGCGUCUCUGGGCUGCCCUGCGAUGACGGACUGGACUCCAAGCCUGCUUCUGCUCUGUGCUUUCUCCUUGGCCUUCAUGCCAGCUGCCUUCACAGAAGCAAAAGACCGAAGCAAAGCAGUCAAAGGAAGGAGAGGACAGGCUCGGGACAGGGUCCAGCUCCCGGGGGCCCAGACCUCCCCCCCAGACCCCAGGCUGAAGGCAAAUGCAUUGGCCAUGGAUGAUACAUACACCAUGGUGGAGGAAUAUGAGGAGAGCAUUCAGGAGAUGGUACGCCAGCUGAGGAACAGCUCGGAGCCCCCUGACACCAAGUGCCAGGUCAGCCUGGGACUCUGGAGUCCCAACAAGAGGAGUCUGUCUCCGUGGGCCUACAGCAUAAAUCACGAUGCAAUGCGGAUUCCCACGGACAUCCCAGAGGCGCAGUGCCUCUGUGUCGGCUGCAUCAACCCCUUCACUAUGCAAGAAGACCGCACCAUGGCCAGCAUCCCCAUCUACAGCAGGCUGCCUGUCCGCCGCCUGCUAUGCCAGCCAGGGGCCAAGGCCCCCAGGAAGAAGAAGGGUUGCCACAAGAAGUACAGGAUGGUCAUGGAGACCAUCGCCGUGGGCUGCACCUGCAUCUUCUGAGGGAGGACAAGCAGGUCUUCCCAGCUCUCCCACACCCCCAUGCAGAACUAACCUGAGGCCUUUGGGCCUGGAGAGCAGCUGCCGUCUAAGCAGCCACUUCUCAUUACAGCCAUUUUGCA